UUAUAAGACCUUCCGCCACAGUAGUUCAUGUGGUUUUACAGGUUAAAGUCAUGGCUGCAGACCACGCACUCCUGGCUGCUGUUACUUUGCUUUCUGCUUUGCAUCAGGGUUACCUGGCCAGGAGAGUGGGAAAGUCUAGAAUGAAGCACAAUAUCAUGCCACCAGCCAUCACUGGACACCCCGAGUUUGAGAGAGUCUUUCGGGCACAUCAGAACUGUGUGGAGUUUUAUCCAAUAUUUUUAGUGAUGCUCUGGAUGUCCAGCCACUUUUUUAAUGAAGUGCUAGCUGCAGUCCUUGGCCUAUUUUACCUCUUUGCUCGACAAAUGUAUUUUAAUGGAUAUUCUACCUCUGUUAAAAACAGGUUGCCUGGGUUUUACCUGAGUCUGGCCCUGAUCUUUGCACUCGCUGUAACAGGUGGAGCAGGCAUUCUGAAUGGGAUCCUUGAUGAAUACUUUGACAUCAAUUUAAGAAAGAAAAUGUUCAAAUCGUAAAAAAGUAGCUAGUCCUGACUUCAUAAAGCAUGUUCUUUUCCCCUGAUAUCUUGUAUACUGACGGUAUAUUCCUUUAAAGCAAACUUGGUUCUGCAACAUUACUGACUAUAAAUUCUACUGUGCAGAUUUAAGACCAGCCUAUAAUAAGACAAUGUUUUCUGAACAUUUGAUGGACAUUUUGUAAUCAAUAUACUGUAUUCUAUAUACACUUUAACUUUUAUUUUUUCCUAUUUUGUUUUCUUUUUAUGUUUUAAAUUCUCUGGAGAUGAUGCAAUUCAUUUACCGUUCAAUAUAAUUUUAUUAGCUUACUGCAAUGAAGAAUUUGUCCAAUUCAUUACUUCUGACUAAUACAAUGGAACUUUAUGCCUUAUGCAUUU